AUGCGAGUCAUGGCUGGGCAAACACUAGGAAGGCAACUAAGGGCGUCCGGCCGAGUGGUCGCAAGCCGCCGUAGGGAGCCGCGUUGGAGCUAUUUGGUGUUGGCAAUUUCAGACGCGAUCAAGACGACGACGGGAGACACCUUUUGUGGAAACGCCGUCAAGCCUACAGAGACGAAGGCGAUAGCCACCAGUACGACUACCGCUGCCAAAACGGCGGUUAAGACCGCCGCGGUUAAGACCGCCGCGGUUAAGACCGCCUCACUCACUGCCCUGGGGUCGACGGUGGUUCUACCACCUUCUUCAACGGUGGUUCUACCAGCUUCUUCAACGAUGGUUCUACCACCUUCAAGUGCUGGGUCGACAUACCAAUGUCCAACUCCGUCUCCUUCAACUCCGUCUGUUUCAACUCCGUCUCCUUCAACUCCGUCUCCUUCAACUCCGUCUGUUUCAACUCCGUCUGUUUCAACUCCGUCUGUUUCAACUCCGUUUGUGAUACACCAGGCUUGGAAAUGGUCGGGACAGGAGUUGGAUGAUUGUGUUGCAUACUGGUGGGUGGGUAAGGAGUUGGUUCAGCGUGUACCAGGUUGGUGGUUAGGUCGGACAUCGGUGGAGCGGGAAGCUAGAUGGGUGGGUAGUUAUUGGUUGGCAUUGGAUGAAGAGGAAUUUGGAGUAUUAGGUAUACGUCCGAGAUUGCCCGAUUGUUUACGAACGGGUUAUGAUCCAAGGCUAUGGACAGAGAUAGGUCCAGUUGAUUCACAUGCCACCGAUUCCCGUAAUCGUGCACUAUACAUUCCUACAAGACCUGCUCCAACAACAUUUUGCUCGACUAAUACUCCAUUUGAAAUUUAUCGUGCUAUUCAUAACACACUUCCAGAUUUCCUUUGGAAACGAUUGCGAACGAUAGGUCCUGAAGACUUCAAAAUGUGUGGCUCUCACCUACUUACACUUGCUGACAUCCUCACCUACUACGUACGGGCCCCAUUCGGAAAAAUUGACGAGUAUGUUAGCACUCAAAUUUGUCCAGAGUUUUGCCGCCCGCAUCAAACUCAACCGGAUCAAACUGGACCGGAUCAAAGUGGACCACGUAGACUCGAGGUGUGGGUAACCGCGUGCUUGUUGCAAUACGCACUCAACGGACUGUAUGAUGAUGACCCCGACGACGAUGAAGCCUUCGCAAUCCAACAGCUCAUGUACGCACUCGACGAAAAAGAAGAUGAAGAUCCACUUGAAUCAAUGGCGACUCGUCUGUACAAAAAUAUUCUAGGACGUACAAUUGAAUUCUGCGCCUCAAUUCUCGGCUGCAACCUCGUCGAUCGUAUCUCAGCCGACCUCGGUAUUCGACAAAAAACUCUCAAAAAACUACCCACCACCCUUCUUACCGUAACACAGUACGCAAAGAUGAGACCUGAAUCGAUCAAGACAAAUCCUUCCUUGAACCGAUCGACAACGUUAUCCGGAAAUAUAACGCGCCAGACGGAACCCAACUUGACUCUUGACACUGAGCAGCCGCCCGCCAAAAAAAGGAGAAACGCUAAGACCAGGAUGGGGACUGCCCAGACUGAGACUACCCAGACUGAGACUACCCAGACUGGAAAUCGCAAGGCCUUGCAACCAAGCACAACGACUAAACCGAUGCUGAAAGUGUGUUCUGACAUAUUCCUUAAGACCAAGAAACUCGAAGAACCAACCUGGUCUGAUUCUAUCUGGAUGGAUGACUCUACACUAUGGUCAUCGGCCAUCGAGACCACUUGGACAAGCUCCGGAACGACCACUUGGUCACAAACGCCGUCUGAAAAAAAUCCGGAACAAAACCGGACACUGCCGCCGUCGGCUCCGGAAUGGGCGGGACCGACAGAACCGGAAUGGGCGGAACCGGAAUGGGCGGGACCGGAAUGGACGGCACCCGAAUCGCCACCAAAGCCAGCAGGCUACCCAGCAGGAGAAGGCUCAGCGUGGAUAUACUCGGGAGACUACGCCGAUCAACCUUGA